AUGUCCUUGAAAUUGUGGAGCCAUUCUUCAUUGGUGGGCCGAGCAUUGGCUACUCCUGCUAUGCAAUGGACCAAGACAGCUGCCAUUCACACCACAAAAGCCGCUCAACAAGCUGCACCUACAGACAAUGCCACCGCUGCUUCUUCUUCUUCGUGGACCCCUCAAUCGAUUCGAACAGGUGUGAUUGCUCGUAAAAAGGGCAUGACUUCAAUGUGGGAUGACAAGGGUGUGCGUAUGCCUAUCACAGUUCUUCAAUUGGAGGAUGUUAUUGUCACGGAUGUUCGUACAGUUGAAAAGAAUGGAUACUCGGCACUCCAGAUCGGCAGCACCAUCAAGAAGGAAAAGAACGUAUCCAAGCCCUUAAUAGAGCAUUUCAAAAAGUUGGGUGUCGGUUUGCGUCAAAAGCUCGCUGAAUUCCGUGUCACUGAAGAUGCCAUGCUUCCCUUGGGUACUGAACUACGAGCAACUCAUUUUGUCACCGGUCAAUACGUUGAUGUCACUGCUCCUUCGAUCGGUAAAGGUUUUGCUGGUGUCAUGAAGCGAUGGAACUUUGCUGGUCAACCUGCAUCUCACGGUCAUUCAUUGUCUCACCGUUCUGCUGGUUCAACGGGUCAACGCAAGUGGCCAAGCAAGGUGUUCAAGGGUAAAAAGAUGGCUGGCCGUAUGGGUGGAAACAGUGUCACUGUUCAAAAUCUCAAGGUUGUGAAGGUGGAUCCUUCUGAGAACUUGUUGUUCAUCAAGGGUUCAGUGCCUGGAUUCGAUGAUCAGUAUAUCAAGAUUAAGGAUGCUGUCAAGCUCAAGGCUGAAAAGCGCUAUCCCCAAGAUGCAUGCCCACCUCCUUUCCCUACUGCUCUCUAA